AUGGCAUCGACGAUAUCAUGGCCGCUCGUUGUAUGGCAUAAUUUCAGUAAUCCGACCACGACAUGCGUCACUUGCAGCUAUCCAAACGUCUAUGCGGGACAAAGAGAUGGGCACAUUUGGGUGUACACUAUGCAUAAUGCUGAGCAGCUUCAGUACAAACUCUUGCUCGUGGGCCAUCGAGCGCCAAUCGCUGCACUCUGUGUCAUCAAGGGAGGACAACGAGCCAACGACCUAUCUGCCACAUCCGAUGAUAUCUUGGUCAGUGCUUCCGAAGAUGGUGAGAUCGCACAGUGGAAUGCUUCGGAUGGAAGAUGUCUUGGAGUCAAUGCAAAGGGCUUUUUGGGAGUGCCGACCGAUUUGAAGCUAUUCAGCCAGGCCAAGGAUCGAUACAUCUUUUGCAGCGGCCAAUCCAACGAGAUCAACAUUUUGAACGCGACAACGCUCGAGGUCGUUCGUGUUUGGGGUAGCCAUCCCAAUUGGGUCACAUGUGCUGAUUUCUAUGAUCCAGCUGCUAAAAGGUCAAGGCUGGUGACGGUUACCAUGGAUGGCAAAUUGGAUAUCUGGGACUUUGAUGUCGCGGGUCAAGUUAUUUUCAAAGAUCGAUCGUCCGAGAACCAGCCAAGGUUGAUCAAGGAAACCACAUCCGAUCGAGUGAUUGGGUUAAAGAGCUGUCCUUUCUAUCAUGGAUUAUGUAUGGUGCUUACGCGCAAGAAUGCAAUUAUCUUUGUAUUAAGGGACUCAGCCUUUGUGCCCGAAGUUACCAUCCCCACUGAACCUGGCACGAGCUGGUCUAGUGCCGAAUUCUGCAAAGGAAACAAGCUGCUGUUAUGGGCACAGAAUGGGAAGAUCUUUGAAUAUUACCUCAAACCGCCAGCUGGUGUUGAUCCUGGGAGAAUGGCACAAGAUGAAAAUCAAUUGUACUACAGUGUCUCGCUGAUGCACACUUAUUAUUUCGAUACCAAUGGUAAAAAAUGGGAUAUGGAUGAAGAGUAG